GGCGCGUUUCGCGCAUCGACACGCAUCGACACGCAGUGUUCGCUAACCAGGAGACAUCGAUGACCUUGAUGAAGCGAUAGUUGGGGGUCGUACAACGCGAUAUAAAGGCUUUUGCUUUUUGAUUCGGAAAGCAGAUCCCUCGUGUUCUUACCUCGCUCCGAGUUCUUCUCUCAAACCGUACAACAUGUUCAAGCUGUGCAUUCUCGCCGUCCUUCUCGCCGCCGUUAGCGCUGCUCCGGCACCUGCGCCGGGAGCGGUCCUGGCUGCACCGGCCGCCUACGCAGCGGUGCCGGCGCCGAUCGUGACAGCCAGCAGCAGCCAGGUGAUCGCCAGGAACUACAACACCCUCGCCGCGGCUCCGUUCGCUGCCGCUCCCAUUGCAGCGUACAGCACUCAUGCCGUUGCACCCUUAGCCGCGGCACCCCUCGCCUACGCCGCGGCUCCCUUGGCAGCUUACGGCACUCAUGCCGUUGCACCUGCGUAUACCGCCUACUCAGCGCCCCUUAUACUGUAAUUCGUAUUUCGCCAAUCGACUGGACUACCUAUCUAAAUUUGGAUCCGCAUAAAUACAUCGAUGGAUUGACGGAUGAAUCGCACGAGCC